AUGUCGACUACUACCAUGCAAUUCGGUCCUGAGUGGAUGCGCACCAAGCACCAAGCACUCCCAAAGUCCCAACCGCCGCCGUCUCCACCGCCUUCUAAUACCGCCAAUUCAGGUCUGUCGACCUAUUCUGCUCUUGUCUCCGCGACACCCCCCGCCUCGUCUGAUACAGCUGAUGAAUCCCACCCAUUCCGAUAUUCCAAAGAGGAUCUCCUCAAAAUCUACCAGGAAGGGGGUGGCAAGGGAGGUCUAGGCUUGGAGGUGGAACGCUGGGAGGGGGUUGUGCGCGAGGCUGGAGUCGAACCUGUCAGCUUGCGUGACAUGACUGAGGCAGAGAAGAAAGUUCGUUGUGGUCGUUUACGCGCGGUGUACCCGCUUACACAGAUGCAGCUUUUUGCAGGGCCAAUCAAUUCUGAACUUCGUCGACGUCCAAGCCAGUCAAUGGAUUACCUUUCACCUCUCAAUACUUCGGGUCUUGACCGCCCUCGACUGACUCACGGCAAUUCUGCCACUACUAACAGCCCUCUACGUGAGCGCUUCGGAGCGAUCAAACGCAGAGACAGCUCAGGUGGCAGCUCAGACCCCACAAUGCUCACCAUUCCGCGAAAGCCUUCGCUGUCCGCCCUGCAGGGUCCUACCCUUUCGCCUCGUGAAGCCUCGCCUCGAACACGCGUUGGAUAUACUCCCAACUUCGAUGGCGUUCUCAACAGCGGGGAGUCAUGGGUUGCCAGGCGCCGUGCUUCAGAGGCGUCUAUGAAGCCUGCAAACGGACAGAUUCGGGAGGAACUUGACCCUGGUGCCAAGGCUGGUGGCAUACUUGAGGAAAAAGAAGACGAAUCUGCUGGCAUUUCGCGAACUCAUCAAGCAGAUGGCUCAUUUUUGUCGUCAUCGUCUUCGCCUCAGAUUCUAUCAGCUGAACCGCAGCUAUAUGUCGGGACAGCGAACAAUGCGAACAAUCCAAAUGCAUUCUUGUUGAAUGGGACGUCAAGCGCGCAUAGCCAACCAAAUCACGCAGAAGUUGGCCCUCCUCCAGGUUUGGUUGAUCUGGCGGCUGUGGAGUGGUCGUAUAAGGAUCCGACGGGUCAGGUUCAAGGUCCUUUCCGAGCGGAUCUGAUGCAGAAGUGGUUCAACGAUGGGUAUUUCUCACCAGAUUUGCCCAUGAAACGCACCCGUUAUGACACCCAAUGGACAACUGUUGAAGAGCUCAUCAAUCGAGUACCGAACGAGAAUAUCUUCCUAUCACCGUUGAACGUCCUGGCCCCUGCUCAAGCUUUAGAAAGCAAUCAUUCGUUGCAAAAUUAUGGGGCUCCCGACAAUGUUUUCCACGAACCUUUCCAACCGGCACCCAUUCGAACCCUACGCUCCUCUGCUUUAGAAUCAUAUUUGGCAAGUGGCUCGAUGCAUUCCGACUCUCCAUCCUCUUCCUUCGGCGCUUCACAGUUCGGCAAUCCCUCUCCAGAUCCUUCGACCUUUGGUGGCAGGGACUCUAGGGGGUUUUUUACAGGCGGUGACGCAGUCAACCGAAUGCAAGGCUUCUCCGUUCAAGAUCCUGGCUCGAACUUGGAAAGGCGCACCACGGGCCACGAAUAUGGUCAUGAUCAGGGGCCUUCCUUCGGCAACUUCAUUCCAGAGCGAGGCAUAGGCUUGAACGGCCACGGUUACAACACUUUACAGGAUCCUUGGUCAAUUGCUUCAACUGCGCCAUCCUCCGGAUUCGGCGGUCCAAGAGAGCCCGUUUCUUCCAAUCAACGUCUUGCAACUUUUGCCCACGACGCGCUUCAAGGGACAUUCAACCAAGGGGUCUAUCCAAACGAUAACUUCAGCGCACAGCGUUCUGGAUCCGGAGAUAUGAACUUCACUCGGUAUGAUUUCGUUGGGCAGACCUUCCACGCCCCGCAAGAGCAGCAACAGUACGCAUCGCCCAUGAGAGACUUCAACGAAGAACGCCAAACCUCAAAUGCAUUUGGAUAUUCUCCUCAGAUUCAACACAAUGUUGUUGCCGGUAUAGCUGUUCAAUCGUCGUGGAACAACGGCGCUGAUUUGUCGCACGUCAACCAAACGGUGCCCGAUGAAACUACCCAACUGCCUCUGGCGACUGCUUCUCAGAUCAAUCUCACGGAGUCGCGACAAUCCUCGGAACUUGUCCCAGAGGCUCUUCCGCAGGGCGAAGCUGCUGUCACCAGUAAUCUGACCGUCGGCAACCUUGGUCAUCACAACCAACAGCAGGAGCAGCUUUCAAACAAGCUCAAAAAAGUUUCCAUCGAAUCAGUCGAGCAGAGUAUUCCUACUCCUUCUGAAUCUAUCUCAGUAUCUGAGGUGUCUGUUCCACAACCACCCAUAGCUUCGGCGAAGGCCUCGAAUAAGAGCACUCAGGCGUCCCCCGUCGCUAGAGCUGUGCCAGCCCCUGCAGAUGCUGCUGCUGCUGCCCCGUCAAAGUUAGCUUGGGCAAUCGAAGAGGAGGGGAAGAAGAAGAAGAAAAGGCCAGGCCCUGCUAUCAGCUUGCGGGAGAUUCAAGAAGCCGAGGCCAAGAAAUUGGAGGGUCGUAAAGCUGCUGAAAGAGAGAAGGAGAGGGUUGCUCGUGCCUCUGCUACCGAGGCCAAAGAGGAUGUGCAACCUUUUACUGCUUCUUGGGGUCUACCGACUUCGCAAACAGGCGCCCGCAGUGCUACUAUCCGGGAAACGCCUGUAACUCCGGCAUCGCCAGCCAGCGCUGCACCUGUCUGGACAACAGCCACCAAGCCUCCUGCUGCGAAGAAGACGAUGAAGGAGAUCCAGGAAGAGGAAAAGCGCAAAAAGGCUGCGGCGAAGGAGGCAGCUACCCCAGCAGCACCACUCAAACGCGCUUACGCCGAGACGACGACCAAGGUUCUUCCUGCCGCCCAGAAUGGCGCUUGGACCACAGUCGGGCCGAAUGGGAAGACUUCAGCUGCUAUAGCGGCUCCUGCUAAACCUGCUCCGCCUCCGCAAACCUCGACGACUUUCACUAAUACUGCUGCGUCAACGUCAGCGCCGCGUGCUAGUGCCUCUCCUGUCCAACGAGCUCCCAAUCUGGCGUUGAAGACGCGGCCAGUUCCAACUAAGGCAGAGGAAUUAUUCGAGGCUCCUUCUCACGACUUCUUGAAGUGGUUGUCUGAUUCGCUGAAGGGAUUAAAUAGUUCAGUGAAUGUGGAGGAAAUCGUAUCCAUGUUAUUAUCUUUCCCUCUGGAUCCUGAUUCAUUGACGCUGGAAAUCAUCUCCGAUACCAUCUACUCCAACAGCACAACAUUAGAUGGAAGACGUUUCGCGUCGGAGUUUGUGGCAAAGCGCAAGGCUGACGCUGCUUUACGUGCGAAGGGGGCUUCAGGUUCUAAAGCUCCAGCCAAGCCCGUGUCUAUAGCAGAUGUUGUGAAGGCAACACCGAAGCCCAGCCAACCUGAGUGGGGGUUCAAGGUGGUUAACAAGAAGAAGAAAGGUGGACGCUCAUAA